UGGUGUGGCAUCUGUUGAAGUUGGAGGUUUGCAGGAGAGGGCCCUUUGUCCUCUCUUUUUCUCUCUCCUCUGUCUCGGUCUUUGUUCCUGUGGGUCUCAAUUUCUGGAAUUUUCAUCAAAUUCCUAAUUAAUUCCCAGAGUAAUUGAUAAAGUUGUUAUCUUUUUAGACCACAUUUUCAAACCCUAAUCUCUUUCUCUCUCUAGAUCCUUCAGAUCUUAUCAAUUCUGAGAAGGCUGGGGAUUGAAUUGGGUAUGCUCAAUUCUUUAAUUGCUGUUGUAAUCAGUUAAUGAAAUGUCGCUUCUUCCGAAUAGCGAUUCAAUUCACAUUAGAGAGGUCUGGGAAGAUAAUCUGGAGGAUGAAUUUGGUUUUAUUCGUGAUAUUGUAGACGAUUACCCUUUUGUAGCGAUGGAUACUGAGUUUCCAGGUAUUGUCCUUCGACCUGUCGGUACUUUUAAGAGUAGCUCUGAUUUCCACUACCGUACUCUCAAGGAUAAUGUCGACAUGCUGAAAUUGAUUCAAUUAGGCCUCACCUUUUCUGAUGAACUUGGUAACCUUCCAACUUGCGGUACUGAUAAAUUCUGCAUUUGGCAAUUCAAUUUCCGCGAAUUCAACCUUAAUGAGGAUGUUUUUGCCAAUGAUUCUAUUGAGCUUCUCUGUCAGAGUGGCAUCGAUUUCAAGAAAAAUAAUGACAAGGGUAUUGAUGCCAAGAGGUUUGGUGAGCUUUUGAUGUCUUCUGGUGUUGUUUUGAACUAUAAUGUUCACUGGGUCACUUUCCAUAGUGGUUAUGAUUUUGGUUACUUGCUUAAGCUCCUCACUUGUCGCAACCUCCCUGACACCCAGCAGGAGUUCUUUGAGAUGAUCAAGACCUAUUUCCCUACCGUUUAUGAUAUUAAGCACCUCAUGAAGUUCUGUAACAGCUUACAUGGUGGCUUGAACAAGCUCGCUGAGUUGUUGGAAGUCGAAAGGGUUGGUGUGUGUCACCAGGCAGGUUCUGAUAGUUUGCUUACAUCUUGUACAUUCAGGAAGUUGAAGGACAAUUUCUUCAGUGGAUCCAUGGAGAAAUAUGCUGGUGUUUUGUAUGGACUAGGUUUUGAUAAUGGUCAAAGUGUUCACUAAUCAGGAGAACUAUCAAACUUAAUGUCCAAUUUCCAUGUAGCCAUUUUGUGUACACUUUUGGUAAUAUCAGCUUUAUAAUCAAUUUUUGAUUUAUAGAGUUUUGUCA